CAAUUUCACAAAUCCAACUAACACACAAAAUAUAAAAAAUAACAUUUUCUCCAUGGCAUUAUUUAGAUUGCCGUAUCCAUUGGUGGACCAUUAAAGCAUAGAACCAACACCACCUACUUCUUUUUUUCUUUAUACAUUUAUUUUCAUCAUAUUCAUUAGCCUUGCCACUAUCCCACAAGUUUCAUCUAACUCUCUAUCCUUCCACAAUGCUCCCAUUUACCAACUACUACGUUUCUUCACCUUCCAUGUCCGAGAAGAACGUUAGCAACAACAAUGGUAACAAGAGGAGGAAGAAGAAAAAGCCGACUAUGACGGUUUAUGAUGGAGGAGGAGGAGAUGAUUUGGCGGUGGUGAAGGCGGCGGCGUGGGCUUGGUACUUAAGGAAAGAAGAUAAACCGAUGAUGAGAGAGUUUGAUAUAACUAGGGCAUCAAGAACACCUCGACCUACACGGUAUAAGAUCGAAGCGACGAAGAACUUGAUCCUCUCUGAGAAUAGGGUUUUGGCUGAGAAUAGGUUUUCUAGUAAGUCUCCUCUUUGGUAUACUAAUUACUCAUCGUUUCGUGGGGAUCAAGAAACGCAAUACUCUCGUCUUCUUGAUACUUACGAAAUCAAGAACAUCUCCAAGAGGCUUAACAUUGAUGAUACUAGCUUCUCAGUGAGUUCAAGCAAUGGUUUGUGGCACGACGGCGAUGAUCAUCAUCACAAUCAUACUAAUAAUACUACAAAUAAUGACAAGAGUUAUAAUGGUGGCUUCUUGAAAAAGGUGAGCAAGAGAAGUUUGUGGAAGGGAAUGAUUGUGAUGAGUCCAGGGUCGACGGUUUGCGGGAGAAGCGAUGACGUGGCAUCGCAGGCCGGGAGGAGAACGGUUAAGGUUGCGGCGGCGGCGGAGGCUCUGGUCAGGUCGGCAGGAAGUGGCAAGAGUCAAAGUGGUCGUCGCUAACUUUAGUAGUGGUUUCUUGGGUUGUUGAAACUUUAAAGACUUUUUAGGCUGGAUGGGACUUUCUUUUGAACAUAUUUUUUUGUUUGAUUAAAUUUUUAUAUUUUUUUAAUUCCACUUUGUGAUUUUCACCAGCUUUGUAUUUUAAACAAAUAGUAAUAAAUCAUAAGUAUAUAUGUAUA